CAUGACUCCUUUUCUUUCUGUUCAGUACAGUAAAAUGACUGUACUGAUUUCAAAUUUUAGGACAGCAGCAAAGUUUAUUUAAAAUAGUUUCUACACCAACCAUCAUUCCUGCAUUUGCAGACCCAAAGCCUGGUUUAAAGGAAUUUUUAAAUGAUCCGUAUAACAACAUGUCUGUGGUCAAAAUCCUGUGUUGUUUGCUCUUAACACAUCACCUCAGUGAGGGGAAGAAACUCAAAGGAAGCAGAGCCGGAGUAAUGAACACGGAGGAGAAUGGUGUCCUGAAGAUGAAAGGGCCGUAUGCCAGCAGCUCAGUCUUCAGACUGUUUUUAGGAAGUGAGGACACCUGCACACUGAACCCUCUGCAGCUGCACACUCUCACCUCCUGUGGCUUCAACAGUAGUAAUCCCCUCAUCAUCAUCACUCACGGGUGGUCGGUGGAUGGUAUGAUGGAGAGCUGGGUGCUCAGACUAGCUUCAGCUCUCAAGAAAGACAUUGUAGAUGUAAAUGUGGUCAUCACCGACUGGCUGACCCUGGCUCAUCAACACUAUCCCAUAGCCGUUCAGAGCACUCGCACUGUUGGAAAAGACAUAGCUUACCUACUGCAGUCUCUUCAGGAAAACUACCAGUUUCCAGUAAGAAAAGCUCAUCUGAUUGGCUACAGCCUGGGUGCUCAUAUCUCGGGAUUUGCUGGAAGCACUCUGGAAGGUCCAGAGAAAAUUGGAAGAAUUACUGGUCUUGAUCCAGCAGGGCCGCUGUUUGAAGGCAUGUCUCACACUGACAGACUGUCUCCUGAUGAUGCAGAGUUUGUAGAUGCCAUUCACACCUUCACUCAUGAGCGUUUGGGCUUCAGUGUGGGCAUCAAACAAGCUGUUGCACAUUAUGACUUUUAUCCCAAUGGAGGAGACUUCCAGCCAGGAUGUGACCUGCAAAACAUUUAUCAGCAUAUAAGCGAGUACGGAUUAUUAGGCCUUGAACAAACAGUGAAAUGUGCUCAUGAGCGGUCCGUCCACCUGUUCAUUGACUCUCUGCUGAAUAAAGACAAGCAGAGCAUGGCUUACAGGUGCAGCGAUAACGAUGCUUUUGUCAAGGGUAUCUGCCUGGACUGCCGGAAGAAUCGCUGCAAUACACUGGGCUACAAUAUCAAGAAGGUCCGCACAGCCAGAAGCAAAAGGCUCUACCUGAAAACACGAUCUCGGAUGCCUUUCAAACUCUACCAUUACCAGUUUAGGAUCCAGUUUGUCAACCAGAUGGAGCUUGAGCCCUCUCUCACCAUCUCCCUCACUGGAACAAAAGAGGAGAGCGGAGACCUCACCAUCACUAUUGAUGAAAAUAUUUCAGGUAACACAACCUUCACCUUCCUGAUCACACUGGACAAAGACUUGGGGGAGCUGAUGAUGCUCAAGUUAAGUUGGGAAGUAUCCGCUCUGUGGACAAAUGUAUGGAGCCGGGUGAAGACCAUCAUUCCUUGGGGGGUCCAAGCAAGAAAACCGCAGCUUACUCUGGGAAAUAUCAGUGUCAAAGCAGGGGAGACACAGAAGAGGACAUCAUUUUGUGCCAUGAAAAAUGAUGGACAACAGCUUGAAGUGUCUCAGGCUAAAGUGUUUGUGCGCUGCAAAGAGGACGUGCCAAAACAACGCAAAAGGAAGCGCAACUAAUGGACUGGUUUAGGUUACUUAAUCAGUUCAACAGACUGAAGAUCUCUGCUGAGACGCCUGCAGGAUGAUGACUGGAGCAAGCCUUCCCCCUUUAUGUUGAGGUUGCAGAUUUGGGGUUAAUAA